GUCGCUUCCCUCACAUCCCCUACAAUCUACGACAACUACCAAAACUUCAGCAACGAUGGUCAAAGCUGGAAUCAACGGGUAUGGUCGUAUCGGCCGUAUCGUGCUCCGUAACGCCCUCGAGGUCGACGGCGUUGAUGUCGUUGCUGUGAACGACCCUUUCAUUGACCUUGACUACAUGGUUUACAUGUUCAAGUACGAUACUGUCCACGGACGGUUCAAGGGCACCGUCGAGGCCAAGGAUGGCAAGCUUGUCGUUAACGGCAAGCCCAUUGCCGUCUUCGCCGAGAAGGAUCCCGCCAACAUCAACUGGGGUGGUGUCGGUGCCGACUAUGUCAUCGAGUCCACUGGUGUCUUCACCACGACUGAGAAGGCUUCCGUCCACUUGAAGGGUGGUGCCAAGAAGGUCGUCAUCACCGCGCCCUCUGCUGAUGCGCCUAUGUUCGUCGUGGGUGUCAACUUAGACAAGUACGACCCCAAGUACACUGUCGUCUCCAAUGCCUCCUGCACGACCAACUGCCUUGCGCCCCUUGCCAAGGUUAUUAACGACAACUUCGGUAUCGUUGAGGGUCUGAUGACCACUGUCCACGCCACCACCGCCACCCAGAAGACCGUCGAUGGUCCGUCCCACAAGGACUGGCGUGGUGGUCGUUCCAACACCAACAACAUCAUCCCCUCUUCGACCGGUGCCGCUAAGGCUGUCGGCAAGGUCAUUCCCGAGUUGAACGGCAAGCUUACCGGUCUCGCCUUCCGUGUCCCCACCCUCGACGUUUCCGUCGUUGACCUUGUCGUCCGUCUCGAGAAGCCUGCUUCCUAUGACGAGAUCAAGGACGCCGUCAAGAAGGCCGCUGCUGGUCCCCUGAAGGGCAUCCUCGACUACACCGAGGACAGCGUCGUGUCCACCGACUUCAUUGGCUACAACGCCUCCUCGAUCUUCGACGCCUCCGCGGGUAUUCCCCUCAACAAGAAUUUCGUCAAGCUGAUCGCUUGGUACGAUAACGAGUGGGGCUACUCCCGCCGCGUCGUCGACCUUGUGAAGUACAUCGCCGCCAAGGACGCCGGCCAGUAAAUACAGACAUUUCCUUACCUCGGUGGCGGGCGCGAGUGAGAAGAGAAUAAUAGUGUAAAAGAAAGCAAUCCUGUAUUCUUACUAGUACAAUGUGAGAAAGGAAAGUGUAAUAACAGCAUAGAAUUGGAUCGUCAAAUGUUCGUGAAAGUAUGCGAAGUACACGCUGAGGAUACAGGUGAUACAAGGCUCGUGGUCGGGAAGGGGAAUGGUGAUGUAUCAUGGUGCUCGUAUGCUCGAUGGAUAUAUUCACGGGAACCACAAGGGCAGCUUGAUCCCGGCAGACUCGGUGGUGAGGGAAGUUAUCUUGCGGAAGAUCGAGAAUCUCCUCUUCCAGCCGUUUGAUUGACGAGAUCUGGGUCUUUCGUUGAAGACAUCAAAGUGGGGGUUAGAUUCCAAGAGCGGGGACGUGCCGCUUGCAUUGUCGUCAAUCUCAACAUAGUCGUGGACAACUCUUCGGCGUGCGCCCUCGGGCGGGUAGGAAUACGUUGACCUGGGAUUCCUC